UAUUUUGCAUGUUCAACACAAUAUCUCUAUCACUUUUGGGGUGGAUGUAUUCACGUGAUUUCUCGUAACCGGUGAAACUGAAAGUAAGGAUAAACUGCUACCUCCGCUCCGAGCAGCUGCAGGUCCAACACAGAGGAGACAAAAUGACUUCUCGGGACGAGAAAAGAUACGACCCCAACGACACGACGCUGAAGUUCGUCAACAAACCAGAUGAUCUGGAUCCGCUGCCGCCAGAGGACGGAGACCAGGGUCUCUGCGCAGAGAUGUCCUGCGGCCACGCCGUCAAACCGGAGUCUCUGACCGGCUGGUGUCGCAGCCUGUUGGACCAGGGUCAGUACAAAUUCAAGUGUCCUGCCUUGAAGCAGGGCACGUUGCAGAAGUGUGAUGCAGUGUGGUCCUAUCAGGAGGUUCGUCGUCUGGCAGUGCUGACCACUGACGAGAUGCAGCACUUUGAGGAGAACAUGGCGCGACUGGCUGCUGCAGAAUACUGUGAAUUCAAAUCGUGUCCUGGGUGUAAAACCUUUGUGGAGAGAGAGGACCUGACAAAUCUCAGUGUGCAGUGCACCAUCUGUCUCGCAGACAAGAAGAGAGCGUUCCAGUUCUGCUGGCAGUGCAUGAAGGAGUGGAAGGGUCCGGCUCCUCGCUCCGACCGCUGCGGCAACGACGGCUGCAUCAACCACGACCUGGAGCUCCUCCGGACCUGCAAGGACACGGCGCUGCCCCAGGUGCAGGGCGUCGGUGCCUGUCCCUCCAUCCGGGCCUGUCCCACCUGCGGUCAGCGGGCGGAGCACGACAAGACGGGCUGCAAGAACAUCAUCUGCCCUCGCUGCCAGGUGGAGUUCUGCUUCGUGUGCCUGAAGCUCACGGAGGAGUGUCUGCGAACCAGCUCCUACUUCAUCCCCUGCAGAGACGGCGUCGCCCCCAGACAAACCUCCAUCCCUGUGUGGAACAGACGCUAGGAAGGAAGACGCUCAUAGCUCAAGGUUGCUUUAUAGGCCAACAUGUUCAUGUUAAACACGGCAUUUACUCUUUAAUGUGGAUAAUGUGUUUUUACAACCUAAAUCUGCUUAUAGAGGUUUUUGUCUCUGCUCUAUGAUGUCCAAAAUGACCAUUACAUCAUUACUUCAAAUAUUUCAGUUUAGACUGUAAACGUGUCUAAUGGUUUGUAACUACUACACAUAUAUGUGAAUAAAGUCAUAGUGUAACGUCUAUUUACUGUAUGAAUCUCUGAAAGACCUGGGUAACAGUCUCUGGGUUAAGUAUUAGGCUCCAUAUUAGAGAGAGAUACAGUGUCUCAGGUGAAAGAAAAUAUCACCAUUUUAAUUUAGUAAGUCAAAGUUUAAUAAUUUAUUAAACCAAUUUAAAGACACCUUGAUAUGUUAUGUUCAGGACUUAAGAAUGAAGUUUCCAGACAUCCAUGACCACAAACACUUACAGUAUACAAUGUUUAACAAGCAUCCAGAAACCUUAGAGUUCAGGUCUGCAUUAGAGUUGUUGUGAAGCAUUUACCAAAACUUACAUGUUUUAACAUUGUUAACACCUUUAGUGGUUUUACUGGUAAAAUACUGGUUAUUUCCAUGGGAAAUAAUAAAGUUCAAUUAUUAUUAUUAUUAUUAUUAUUAUUAUUAUUAUUA